UCGCCAUGUCGGCUGUGUGGUCGCUGGGAGCGGGGCUGCUCCUGCUGUUGUUGUGGGUGCGGCACCGGGGGCUGGAGGCCGUGCUGGUGCAUCACCGUUGGAUCUUCGUCUGCUUCUUCCUGAUGCCUCUCUCCAUCCUUUUCGACGUGUACUACCAGCUCCGCGCCUGGGCCGUGCGGCGGAUGCACAGCGCUCCGCGGCUGCACGGACAGCGCGUCCGGCACAUCCAGGAGCAGGUGCGGCAGUGGAAGGAUGAAGGUGGUAGGAGAUACAUGUGCACCGGUCGGCCCGGCUGGCUGACGGUGUCACUGCGCGUUGGGAAGUAUAAGAAGACCCAUAAGAACAUCAUGAUCAACCUGAUGGAUGUUCUGGAAGUAGACAGUGAGAGACAGGUUGUUCGCGUGGAACCUUUGGUCACCAUGGGCCAGCUGACUGCAUAUCUGAAUCCUAUGGGAUGGACUAUUCCUGUGGUGCCAGAGCUUGAUGACCUUACUGUAGGUGGUCUGAUCAUGGGAACGGGCAUUGAGUCUUCAUCCCAUAUCUAUGGGCUUUUCCAACAUACCUGCGUGGCCUACGAACUGGUCCUUGCUGAUGGAAGCCUUGUGAGAUGUUCACCAAUUGAAAACUCAGACCUGUUUUACGCAGUGCCUUGGUCUUGUGGUACUCUGGGUUUCCUGGUUGCAGCAGAAAUAAAAAUGAUUCCUGCCAAGAAAUACAUCAAAUUAUUCUAUGAGCCUGUACGAGGACUGAGGAAUAUUUGUGAGAAGUUUACUGAGGAAUCUAAGAAAAAGGAGAACAGUUUUGUGGAAGGACUUGUGUAUUCUUUGGAGGAAGCUGUCAUCAUGACAGGAGUCUUGACUGAUGAAGCUGAGCCAAGCAAGAUAAACAGAAUUGGCAACUACUACAAGCCGUGGUUCUUCAAGCACGUGGAGAAGUAUUUGAAAGCCAAUAAGACUGGAAUUGAGUACAUCCCCUCGAGACAUUAUUACCACAGACAUACACGUAGUAUUUUCUGGGAACUCCAGGAUAUCAUUCCUUUUGGCAAUAACCCUGUUUUCCGCUACCUCUUUGGCUGGAUGGUUCCACCCAAAAUCUCUCUGUUAAAACUCACCCAAGGAGAAGCUAUUCGAAAGCUGUAUGAGCAACAUCAUGUUGUGCAAGACAUGCUGGUCCCAAUGAAAAGCCUUGAAAAAUCCAUCCAAACCUUCCACGUUGACCUUAAUGUAUACCCUCUUUGGUUAUGUCCUUUCAUACUGCCCAAUAAUCCUGGUAUGGUCCAUCCCAAAGGGGAUGAAACAGAACUCUACGUGGAUAUUGGAGCUUAUGGAGAGCCCAAAACAAAACAAUUUGAAGCCAGGGCUUCCAUGAGGCAAAUGGAAAAGUUUGUGAGAAGCGUGCAUGGUUUCCAGAUGCUGUAUGCAGAUUGCUACAUGACCCGUGAGGAGUUCUGGGAUAUGUUUGAUGGUUCGUUAUACCACAGUCUGAGGGAGCAAAUGAAUUGCAAGGAUGCCUUUCCAGAAGUGUACGACAAAAUCUGCAAGGCUGCCAGGCACUGAGCUCGAAUGGCCUAAUUAAGCAAUCAGGGAAAGAUGAAUUUACUAUAGCUAGUCAGUAUAUCCUUUUUAAAGAAAAGCUUUAUUGCUCUCCAAAUAAGCUCAUUCUUGUUGAUAUUUAAAUGAUAUGAAUUCAUGCUUUAUAAACUUACGUUUAGUAUUUCCUAGUAUGCUUUAAGAACAGUUUUCCAAAACUCAAAGUGAUUGUUUUUAAGAAAUCUGAAGUGCUGAUUACCUUGUAUAUCUUGGACCUGUCUUGGGCACAGGUGAACCCACCUAGCUCCGAUCAUAAGAAAAGUAACUGGAAAAGAGGACGCUGAAGUGAUGCCAGCUAGAAACUAGAGCUAUAUUUAAAAUUACUUCUGAAAAUGGUAAGGAGGUGACAGAAAGAGGUGCCAAAGCUGACUGAAUUGUCGCAUUAAUUGUUUGCCUCCAGUCAGUAAAGCUGUAGGACAGCUUAGCAACGGUACCACGUCCUUCUGGCCGUGCAGAGCUGCGUGGUACAUCGACACACAACCACACUCCCCAGCAGCUGGUCCCAUUUCAAAACUGAGCACUGAGGUGUGAAGCAAAUGCUUUUUACUUGUGCCUAUCAGAUUUGUAUUGGCUUUGAUUAUAAAAUGUUACGUGGGUAUAGAUUUUAGUUACUUUAUUGGUUAACAGUAUUCUGUUUGGUUGUGCCCCCCGAUAGCAACCGAUAGCUCUGGCUUUGUACAACUACUGGAAAAAUUGCUGCUAUUUCAUAUAGGCAAUUAUUAAUUUGGGGCUUUGCUUGUUGUGAGUCUGUUUAUUUGGACUUUUGGGGUUUUGCCUUUUGUUUUUGAUUUUUUUGCUUCAUUUUAGUGCCUUAUAAACACUCAGUUGGAAGAGAACAUGAGUCAGUGAAUCCCUUCUGUCCUGGCCAGCAGGAAAAGGAAGCGUGCCCUCACAAGUUAAGGCUUUAUUUUCACAAGGUUUGCCAGAGCAAGUGGCUAUGGAUAAGAAGAGCUCUUGUUUUGGGUCUUGGUAUGCUCAGGCUUCAGUUCUCCCUCGAGAGGCAUUUUUGCUUUUCAGUUUACCUGGAUUAGAUUGAUAGGCUUUGUAAAAAGGACUGUUUCAGUCACCUGCAGAGGAGAUCAGUAGUAAAUACUGUUCAGUUCCCCCUUCUGAUGCACAGCACAGUCACACGCUUCAUGCAGUCAAGUGUAGAAGUGUGGGAAUGUUUUGACUCUGUAGCCAGAGACGUGAUUCCAAACCAAGCCCAUGUCUCAUCCAAGCAGUGUGGCAGAUUGUUACUCUGAACAUUACUGAGCUUGAGGGGAAAGAGUCAUUUCUUGAGGGCUGCUUAUGGGGUAACACAGAAAACACUUUAAAUGGUUUGCAGUGAGAAGCUUUGUGAUUUUUUUUAUGAGUGCUAAACCAAUGAUGUUAUUUAUUGAUAGAUGGAUGCUUACGGUCCAGAUGAAACCAAUGAUAAAACAGUGACAAGAAUAAGCUUGGCCUGUUCCUCAGUGAUGCAUGCUGGGCAAAUGGUGUGCAAGUAGGUACCCUUACGGUCCUGCGCAGGGAAUUGGUGGCAGGAGCAGCCUGCCAAGGGGAGACACAGCCACUGCAGGGUGCAUGCAGUGCUGCCCAGCCCACGGGCUGCCCACACUGAUACAAGAGCAGGGUGAGAGGUAGGGCUGUGUCGGUGAUCCAUUCCAGGCCUCGUGGCACACAGGAAAGCAAGCACUGAUUCUCAGAGUGGGAAUCUGUCUUCCCACCCCUGCGAGGGAAGCAGCACAUGAGCAGUUUCCUUGUUCCUGUGGCAAAGGUAUGAUUUAGCCCGGUGCUUGCAAGAUGAUCUGCGCAGAGCAAGGAUUGGUUUAGUCCAUUUUUGAGGGGCAGUGCUAAAAACGCUAGAGGAAUAUGCAAAUACUUUUACUCAAGCUGUGUUUCUCUCACAUAUUGAUGAUGUUUAGGUAUGCACUGAAUUUGAUUUUUCACUCGUUAAUUUAUGAGCAAACUUGGUAUGAUGUGGUCUGGUACUGUCACUGUACACCGGUCACACACAUGCACAAGCAGAGUUGCUGUUGGUCUUAUUUUUUGGCUGUAUGGGCUGUUUAAAAUAAAAAUAUAGCCGGC